CAAAAGCGUGUUCUGUUUCCGGUUUUUUAGCUUGACUUCCUGCUUGCUUGUUUUCGACUUCGCAGAGUUAGCUAGGUUAUCUAACAAUAUAGUGUACCGAUCGUGUCAGUUAUAAUUUUUUCGUUGAGGAGAUAAUAAUGUCAGGAGGAACCCGCCUUGAAAACGCCAAUCCUCUGAUAUUUGAGCGAUCGGGGGAAAGACUCCUGACUGCCGCCGAUGAAGACGAGGAUGUAGCUGAUCCCAUCGAUGACAGGGAGAUCUUCGAUCUGAUCAGAUCGAUCAAUGACCCUGAGCACCCUCUGUCCCUCGAAGAGCUUAAUGUGGUGGAACAGUUGCGCGUCAAUGUGAAUGAUGAGGAGAGCACUGUGUCUGUGGAGUUCACUCCGACCAUCCCACACUGCAGCAUGGCCACACUCAUUGGCCUGUCCCUCAAAGUCAAGCUUCUGCGCUCCCUUCCUGACAGAUUUAAGAUUGAUGUUCACAUCACGCCUGGCACACAUGCCUCAGAGGAUGCAGUCAAUAAGCAGCUUGCAGACAAAGAGAGAGUGGCAGCAGCUCUGGAGAACUCUCAGCUGCUGGAGGUGGUCAACCAGUGUCUGUCCACCAGAACCAUGUGAUCCGAGUCGUGCAGUCCUUUGAUAGACCAGGACUCAACUCCUACAGGCAAGACAGAGUUGAGAGAUAAUUACAACUUUAAUAGGUUUUGCUUAUAUAUAUAUAUAUAUAUAUAUAUAUAUAUAUAUAUAUAUAUAUAUAUAUGUUUAUGUAUAUAUAUGUUUAUGUAUAUCUAGUGCUGUGCUUGACAAACAGCAGAUCAGGAGCACUGUUUAGUGCUUAUAAAGAAAGAGAUGCAUCCAAAUUAAGUUUAAAAAUGUGACAGGAAAAGAAAAAGUAAGAGAAUUUAUGUGGAAACAGUAUUUUUUCUGUUUGUAAGCACGUGGAUACAGAAAGAAACAUUAUUCUGUAUUUAUGCCGUAUAUUUGUGAAUAUUUAUAAAAUGACUUUACUUUAGGAAGGUUGUGGACUUCUCAAAGAAAAUUCAUGUUGGUCAAAAUCGAGAAAGUGUACAACUGAAAUAAUUUGCACUGCUGUGUUUUUUUAAAUCUUGUUUUUGCCAAUAAAAAAUACUGAAAUAUAUGGGAAUUUUUUUUUUAUAAAUUAAAAAAAAAAAAAAAGUUAAAUCACUUAACCAUAGGCAAAAAGUAUUUUUCUACAGCCAAAUGUAGAGCAGGAGAGUGCUUUGAAGUUUUAGCUAUUUGUGAAUAAGUGUAAUUAAUAGGUAACAAUUUUGAAAAGCUAAAAAAUACAUAGGCUUAAUUUGUAUACUGUGAUGUGAUUCAUUUCUACAGAUAUGUCAGGUAAAUGGCUUUACUGGUAUAUGGAUACAUCGUAAAACAUCAUUACUUUUACACUAGACACUUCAUAAUACAGCUUCUCUUGAAUUAGCUAUUGUUAACCUUCAUCACAGACCUACAGUAUAAUAAAAUAUAUAUUAUUGCAUUUUAAAAACACUGUUCAAAUCAAACAAGGGAACAAGACUCACAUUUUCUUGUGAUUUCUUUAGGAAAAUGAUAGUCUUUAACAGAUUACCUCAGUUAUAAACUUGUGUUUAAAACUUGUUUGACUUAUAAAGUCUGAAGGGUAAUAGUCUCUCUAAGCCACACGCAGAAGGCAGUGAUGAUACACAGAUACUAUAAUAAGCACAAUAAUUUGCAGAGUCUGUUUAGAUUACACUUGCUUGGCUUUCAAGUUACAAAAGUGCUUUCACUAGCAUGCAUUAAAAAUGCAUGAUAGAUACUGUUUCUGGUAAUAUAACUCUUAUUCAAUAGUUUGUUUUUUUUAUAAAUUACCAGACUAGCUAACGUUGCAAGUCUUUUUUGGUUCAGUCAUGGAAAUAAAUAUUAAACUUCAAAUAUUAAUUUUUGUUAUUAAUUUAUAAUGAUUAAUUUUUUUAAAUGUUGCUUGUCGUGCAUCUGUGCUGAAAGUUGAAAAGACAUGUCAGGUUAUGGCAGCACAAAAAAAAAUAAAGCAUAUAUUUUCUGAAUAAAAGGUGU